AUGGGUGUCAUGAGCUCAUUUACAUAUAGUCAGGGUGUGGCGAAUUUAGAUGUGGUAGGCAAACCAGAUAGCCUUGAUAUCUACGUAGAGAAUGGAAAAACGAAACAUAUUGUGUACCUAUACACAGAAUCGGGUUAUUCGAGUCUGCAAACAAGCGAAAGUGAAAACUCUGAUUACGAAAACGAUGAUAUUUCAUCUUCAGAGCAAGACGAAAAUAGCUCCCUAAGUAUUGAAGCUAGCAUAAGUGAUAGUUCUGCGGAAAACUCCGACGAUAAUUGGGUUUUGCAAACAAAUAAAGAUAGUUCUAUUAAUAGGGCAACUGAAGAAACUGACGAAUCCGAUGGCAGCGUCGUCAGUAUUUCAUUAUCAAUUAAUGAUAUUAGCCAAACGGAUGAAAGCCGAUCUUUAUAUGGAAGGACACUCGAAAAUGACAGUUAUGAUAAUAAACACGACGAUAACUCAUUCUCGGAAACAGAUGAAAACAGCUCGUCAACUGAUGAAUCAAGCGAAACCGAUGAAAUCAAUUCUCCAAUUGAUGAAAUUAGCCUAAAUAAUGGUUUUGAAGACCACGAUGAAUCUUCCUAUUCGGCAAUAAAUGGGGACAGUUCGUCAACUUACGAAACAAAAGAAACGAGGGAAGACCAUUCAAGUGAAGAUUGUUGUGAAAGCGGUUGUACUGAUGAAAGCUCUAGUGAAACUUCAUCCUCAGAAACUGCAGAGAGCAGUGCAUCGGAAAACAGCGGAAAACCUGGAAAGGACUCCGACGAAGGGGCUUCACGUUCUACUACAAAAACAUCCGAAGAAAACGACUACUCUGCAAAUCCUACGCCAGGCAAAAUUGAAGGAAGUGAGUCCGCCACUUCAACUGAAGAACGUUUGUUUACAACCAAGAGCACCGAUACUGAUCAGCCUAAAUCUUCAACUGGCAAUGAGGAAUCAACGCUCAUUCCAUAUGCAAGCACCUCUUCCACGGGAUCGAUAAAAGGUCCUACGCCUAGCACAACUGAAGCAGGUGAGAUCUCCUCUUCAACGGAAGAAAUUUUAUCUACAACCAAGAGCGGAGCUACAGAUCAGAUUUCAUCUUCAACUGGCAAUGAGGGAUCAACGCUCAACCCAUAUGCAAGCACUUCUUCCACGGAAUCGAUAACAAGUCCUACGGCUAGCCCAACUGAAGCAGGUGAGAUCUCCUCUUCAACGGAAGAAAUUUUAUCUACAACCAAGAGCGGAGCUACAGAUCAGAUUUCAUCUUCAACUGGCAAUGAGGAAUCAACGCUCAAUCCAUAUGCAAGCACUUCUUCCACAGAAUCCAUAACAAGUCCUACGGCUACAACAACUGAAGAAGGUGAGAUCUACUCUUCCUCAGAAGAAAUUUUAUCUACAAACAAGAGCGAAGCUACUGAUCAGAUAUCAUCUUCAACUGGCAUUGAGGAAUCAACGCUCAAUCCAUAUGCAAGCACUUCUUCCACAGAAUCGAUAACAAGUCCUACGGCUACAACAACUGAAGAAGGUGAGAUCUCCUCUUCCUCAGAAGAAAUUUUAUCUACAAUCAAGAGCGAAGCUACUGAUCAGAUAUCAUCUUCAACUGGCAUUGAGGAAUCAGCGCUCAAUCCAUAUGCAAGCACUUCUUCCACGGAAUCGAUAACAAGUCCUACGGCUAGCACAACUGAAGCAGGUGAGACCUCCACUUCCACGGAACAAAUUUUAUCUACAACCAAGAGCGAAGCUACAGAUCAGAUUUCAUCUUCAACUGGCAAUGAGGGAUCAACGCUCAACCCAUAUGCAAGCACAUCUUCAACAGAAUCGAUAACAAGUCCUGCGGCUACAACAACUGAAGCAGGUGAGAUCUCUUCAACGGUAGACAUUUUACCUACAACCAAGAGCGAAGCUACUGAUCAGAUUUCAUCUUCAACUGGCAAUGAGGAAUCAACGCUCAAUCCAUAUGCAAGCACUUCUUCCACGGAAUCGAUAACAAGUCCUACGGCUAGCACAACUGAAGCAGGUGAGAUCUCCUCUUCAACGGAGGAAAUUUUAUCUACAACCAGGAGCGAAGCUACUGAUCAGAUAUCAUCUUCAACCGGCAUUGAGGAAUCAACGCUCAAUCCAUAUGCAAGCACCUCUUCCACGGAAUCGAUAACAAGUCCUACGGCUAGCACAACUGAAGCAGGUGAGAUCUCCUAUUCAACGGAAGAAAUUUUAUCUACAACCAGGAGCGAAGCUACUGAUCAGAUAUCAUCUUCAACCGGCAUUGAGGAAUCAACGCUCAAUCCAUAUGCAAGCACUUCUUCCACGGAAUCGAUAACAAGUCCUUCGGCUAGCACAACUGAAGCAGGUGAGAUCUCCUCUUCAACGGAAGAAAUUUUAUCUACAACCAGGAGCGAAGCUACUGAUCAGAUAUCAUCUUCAACUGGCAUUGAGGAAUCAACGCUCAAUCCAUAUGCAAGCACUUCUUCCACGGAAUCGAUAACAAGUCCUACGGCUAGCACAACUGAAGCAGGUGAGAUCUCCUCUUCAACGGAAGAAAUUUUAUCUACAACCAAGAGCGAAGCUACUGAUCAGAUUUCAUCUUCAACUGGCAAUGAGGAAUCAACGCUCAAUCCAUAUGCAAGCACUUCUUCCACGGAAUCGAUAACAAGUCCUACGGCUAGCACAACUGAAGCAGGUGAGAUCUCCUCUUCAACGGAAGAAAUUUUAUCUACAACCAAGAGCGAAGUUACUGAUCAGAUUUCAUCUUCAACUGGCAAUGAGGAAUCAACGCUCAAUCCAUAUGCAAGCACUUCUUCCACGGAAUCGAUAACAAGUCCUACGGCUAGCACAACUGAAGCAGGUGAGAUCUCCUCUUCAACGGAAGAAAUUUUAUCUACAACCAAGAGCGAAGUUACUGAUCAGAUUUCAUCUUCAACUGGCAAUGAGGAAUCAACGCUCAAUCCAUAUGCAAGCACUUCUUCCACGGAAUCGAUAACAAGUCCUACGGCUAGCACAACUGAAGCAGGUGAGAUCUCCUCUUCAACGGAAGAAAUUUUAUCUACAACCAAGAGCGAAGUUACUGAUCAGAUUUCAUCUUCAACUGGCAAUGAGGAAUCAACGCUCAAUCCAUAUGCAAGCACUUCUUCCACGGAAUCGAUAACAAGUCCUACGGCUAGCACAACUGAAGCAGGUGAGAUCUCCUCUUCAACGGAAGAAAUUUUAUCUACAACCAAGAGCGGAGCUACUGAUCAGAUUUCGUCUUCAACUGGCAAUGAGGAAUCAACGCUCAAUCCAUAUGCAAGCACUUCUUCCACGGAAUCGAUGACAAGUCCUAUGGCUAGCACAACUGAAGCAGGUGAGAUCUCCUCUUCAACGGAAGAAAUUUUAUCUACAACCAAGAGCGAAGCUACUGAUCAGAUUUCAUCUUCAACUGGCAAUGAGGAAUCAACGCUCAAUCCAUAUGCAAGCACUUCUUCCACGGAAUCGAUAACAAGUCCUAAGGCUACCUCACCUGAAGCAGGUGAGAUCUCCUCUUCAACGGAAGAAAUUUUAUCUACAACCAAGUGCGGAGCUACUGAUCAUAUUUCAUCUUCAACUGGCAAUGGGGAAUCAACGCUCAAUCCAUAUGCAAGUUCUUUUUCUACGGAAUCGAUAAAAAAUCCUACGGCUAGCACAACUGAAGCAGGUGAGAUCUCCUCUUCAACGGAAGAAAUUUUAUCUACAACCAAGAGCGGAGCUACUGAUCAGAUUUUAUCUUCUACUGGCAAUGAGGAAUCAACGUUCAAUCCAUAUGCAAGCACUUCUUCCACGGAAUCGAUAACAAGUCCUACGGCUAGCACAACUGAAGCAGGUGAGAUCUCCUCUUCAACGGAAGAAAUUUUAUCUACAACCAAGAGCGGAGCUACUGAUCAGAUUUCAUCUUCAACUGGCAAUGAGGAAUCAACGCUCAAUCCAUAUGCAAGCACUUCUUCCACGGAAUCGAUAACAAGUCCUACGGCUAGCACAACUGAAGCAGGCGAGAUCUGUUCUUCAACGGAAGAAAUUUUAUCUACAACCAAGAGCGGAGCUACUGAUCAGAUUUCGUCUUCAACUGGCAAUGAGGAAUCAACGCUCAAUCCAUAUGCAAGCACUUCUUCCACGGAAUCGAUAACAAGUCCUACGGCUAGCACAACUGAAGCAGGUGAGAUCUCCUCUUCAACGGAAGAAAUUUUAUCUACAACCAAGAGCGGAGCUACUGAUCAGAUUUCGUCUUCAACUGGCAAUGAGGAAUCAACGCUCAAUCCAUAUGCAAGCACUUCUUCCACGGAAUCGAUAACAAGUCCUACGGCUAGCACAACUGAAGCAGGUGAGAUCUCCUCUUCAACGGAAGAAAUUUUAUCUACAACCAAGAGCGGAGCUACUGAUCAGAUUUCGUCUUCAACUGGCAAUGAGGAAUCAACGCUCAAUCCAUAUGCAAGCACUUCUUCCACGGAAUCGAUAACAAGUCCUACGGCUAGCACAACUGAAGCAGGUGAGAUCUCCUCUUCAACGGAAGAAAUUUUAUCUACAACCAAGAGCGGAGCUACUGAUCAGAUUUCGUCUUCAACUGGCAAUGAGGAAUCAACGCUCAAUCCAUAUGCAAGCACUUCUUCCACGGAAUCGAUAACAAGUCCUACGGCUAGCACAACUGAAGCAGGUGAGAUCUCCUCUUCAACGGAAGAAAUUUUAUCUACAACCAAGAGCGGAGCUACUGAUCAGAUUUCGUCUUCAACUGGCAAUGAGGAAUCAACGCUCAAUCCAUAUGCAAGCACUUCUUCCACGGAAUCGAUAACAAGUCCUACGGCUAGCACAACUGAAGCAGGUGAGAUCUCCUCUUCAACGGAAGAAAUUUUAUCUACAACCAAGAGCGAAGCUACUGAUCAGAUUUCAUCUUCAACUGGCAAUGAGGAAUCGACGCUGAAUCCAUAUGCAAGCACUUCUUUCACGGAAUCGGUAACAAGUCCUACGGCUAGCACGUCUCAAGCAGGUGAGAUUUCCUCUUCAACGGAAGAAAUUUUAUCUACAACCAAGAGCGAAGCUACUGACCAGAUUUCAUCUUCAACUGACAAUGUUGAAUCAACGCUCAAUCCUUAUGCAAGCACUUUUUCUACGGAACCGAUAACAAGUCCUACGGCUAGCACAUCUGAAGCAGGUGAGAUUUCUUCAACGGAAGAAAUUUUAACUACAACCAAGAGCGAAGCUACUGAUCAGAUUUCAUCUUCAACUGGAAAUGAGGAAUCAACGCUCAAUCCAUAUGCAAGCACUUCUUCCACGGAAUCGAUAACAAGUCCUACGGCUAGCACAACUGAAGCAGGUGAGAUCUCCUCUUCAACGGAAGAAAUUUUAUCUACAACCAAGAGCGAAGCUACUGACCAGAUUUCAUUUUCAACUGACAAUGUUGAAUCAACGCUCAAUCCUUAUGCAAGCACUUUUUCUACGGAACCGAUAACAAGUCCUACGGCUAGCACAACUGAAUCAGGUGAGAUCUCCUCUUCAACGGAAGAAAUUUUAUCUACAACCAAGAGCGAAGCUACUGACCAGAUUUCAUUUUCAACUGACAAUGUUGAAUCAACGCUCAAUCCUUAUGCAAGCACUUUUUCUACGGAACCGAUAACAAGUCCUACGGCUAGCACAUCUGAAGCAGGUGAGAUCUUCUCUUCAACGGAAGAAGUUUUAUAUACAACCAAGAGCGAAGCGACUGAUAAGGUUUCAUCUUCAAUUGGCAAUGAGAAUUCAAUUCUCAAUCCAUAUGCAGGCACUUCUCUCACGGAUUCGAUAACAAUUCCUACGGCUAGCACAUCUGAAGCAGGUGAGAUCUUCUCUUCAACGGAAGAAGUUUUAUAUACAACCAAGAGCGAAGCGACUGAUAAGGUUUCAUCUUCAAUUGGCAAUGAGAAUUCAAUUCUCAAUCCAUAUGCAGGCACUUCUUCCACGGAAUCGAUAACAAUUUCUACGGCUAGCACAACUGAGGCAGGUGAUUCCUCCUCUUCCACAGAAGGAAUUUUAUAUACAACCAAGAGCGAAGCUACUGACCAGAUUUCAUCUUCAACUGACAAUGUUGAAUCAACGCUCAAUCCUUAUGCAAGCACUUUUUCUACGGAACCGAUAACAAGUCCUACGGCUAGCACAUCUGAAGCAGCGCCGUUCAUCUUCAUCAGUGAACAAGGCUUUAACGAUCAAUCUAUAUCUUAUCCAUCUAUCGAGUUAUACUGUUAUGGAGGAAAAAGCAAGCGCUACACCUUGGUCAGCUUUUACGAUCGUGUGUGA